AUGACUCCUCUACCAGAGAAAGAUGACGGCGCUCUACGCUUGUUGGUCGUGAACCCAAACACAUCCGAGGACAUGACCCAUGGCAUGGAACAGGCCAUUGCCAGCAUGAAUCUACCACAUUCUCUGAACAUCACCAUGUACACUGCGCCUCUGGACAGUGGUAGCCCCGCCAGCAUCAAUAACGCAGACGACAUUGAGACGAGCGCCCAGGCAGUGUGGAAACACAUGCGCGAUACGCAUGUGCUAGAGAGGAACUACCACGGCGUUCUGAUUGCCUGCUACAGCUCCCAUCCCCUGGUGAGCAGGAUAGCAGGUCACUAUCCAAGCAUCGCUGUGACGGGCAUCUUUGAGGCGAGCAUAGUCGCGGCCCUCCCGCUGUUGAGGAGGACAAGUCCUAGGGAUAGCAGUGGGGGCGGCGGUUGGGGCGGCGGUUGGGGCGGCGGUUGGGGCAUCGUCACUACUGGUCAGUUCUGGGAGGACCAUCUCGCUUCGGCUGUGCGUGAGUUCCUUGGCGACCAAAAAGCAAAUGUCAACAGAUGGUUCCGGGGGGUUUUCACCACGGGUCUGAACGCUGGCGACUUCCACGGAGAUGUGUCGCCGGAGACAGUCAUGGACAAGCUCACACAAGCUACCAAGCGCCUUCUGCAGGAUGGUGGGGUAGAUUGUGUCAUCAUGGGGUGUGCCGGCAUGGCUGGCUUAGAGGACAUCAUCCGAUCUGCCAUCAAGGCCGAAUACGGCGAGCACCAGGCAAAGAAUGUCUAUGUUCUUGACGGGGUGCGCGCUGGGGUGGAGGUUCUUGGGAACAUGGUCAAAAUGCGGCGCAUGUUCUUGCCUCUUCAAGCAUAGACUCUCUGGUCCUUUGGAUCACCACUUCAUCGGGAUGUUGCCUUUCUCCAUCUUAUCGAAGGAUGUCAGGUGUCGAUUUUCGUUGUGGUUGGCAUGUUGGUAGGGUACAAGGUUAUAUACAUACAUAGGUC